CUGAUCCGGAUUGUGGGAUUGUGUUUUUUAUGAGCGGGUGAAUAAAUCUGUGUUAAACGUGGACACUUGUCUCGGAUGCUAUUUAUCAAACCUCUAACUGCGUCUUGAGGCUCAGGUGAAUAAGGAUAAUAAUGUCCGGGAUGAACACAGGAGGACAACCAGCCUUUUGUUUUUAAAUUUCAAGCAGCUGACACGAAACACCUCCUGUCGCCUGGAAAGCGCAGCAGCUGGCAGAUGAUGAUGAUGAUGAUGAUGGCGAUGAGGAUGAUGCUCAUGCUGUGUGGAGAUGAGUGAUAUUAAUAGGAAGGCUUGAGUGUCACAGGCUUUCACUGUUAAGACCGGGGGGCUUGGUGGAGAAGAGUCGGUGGACCGGGUUUUGGGGGGGCUUUUUCUGAUCCAGACUGCGCAGUUGGACUUCAAAAAGAAAAGAAAAGAAACAUUCACUGGUUAUCAGAGAGGCAACAUGGAAGCAGUGCUAGGAGUUCUUAAUUUGGGCGAUUUUGCCCAAAAUUUCUCCAAAAUGGGAAUGUUUCCUGUGUUUGAUCUCGCGUAUUACAUCGUAUCCAUCCUCUACCUCAAGUAUGAGCCAGGCUCGGUGGAGGUCUCUCGCAGGAGUCCCGUGGCCUCCUGGCUCUGUGCCAUGCUCUACUGCUUUGGUAGUUACAUCCUGGCAGACAUCAUGCUUGGAGGCAGCCCCAUCGACUAUUUCCAAUACAACAGCCACAUCCUGCUGGCCUCAGCUGUCUGGUACCUCCUCUUUUACUGCCCACUGAACCUCUUCUAUAAAUGUGUGGCUUUCCUGCCCGUCAAGCUGGUGUUGGUCGCCCUGAAGGAAGUCGUCCGCACUCGUAAGAUCGCCGCCGGUGUUCACCACGCCAGCCACGCCUACCACCACGGCUUCUUCAUCAUGGUCAUCGUUGGAUACGUCAAAGGGUCUGGAGUGGCUCUCAUUUCCAAUUUUGAGCAGCUGCUGCGCGGUGUGUGGAGGCCCGAAACCAACGAGAUCCUCAACAUGUCAUUCCCAACCAAAGCCAGUCUGUACGGAGCCAUCCUCUUCACCAUGCAGGAGGCUCACUGGCUGCCAGUGUCCAAGAGCACCCUCAUCCUCGCCUUCACCUUCUUCAUGGCAUCAAGCAAGGUGGUGAUGACCGCCCGACACUCUCACGGCUCCCCCUUCGCCCUCAUUGAGUCCUGGGUUUGCCACCUGCUGUUCGGCUCCCCUCUGGGUGGAUCUGAGGAAGACCACCACCACCCUCCCGCCGCUGCCCCAUCUUCACCUCUCAAAACCAAGGAGGAGCUGAGCGAUGGUGCUCGCAAGAGGAAGGCCAAGAAAGCCGAGUAGGACGCCGCGCUGCACCGCUGAAACUGCAUCUGACUCGCCCCCAUCAUGGCCUCCACAUGAUGGGACUUCCCAUUCCUUUCUAGGUAAAGGGGCAGUUUGAUGUUUUACCAAAUGAGACCCUUUCUAUUAGAGCAACAUGGUGCUUUCUGCAUUUUACACAGCACGAGGACUCUGUAAAUACCACAGCAAAUGUUUCACACUUCAACCCAACCUGGACACUUAAACCUAUUUAUUUACGUGUUUGUGAACAUCUGCAUCUGUGCUCAACACUGUGUGGGGAUCCACGUUUAGCAGCUGCAUGGCCUCUGUUCCACAUCAGUAGUUGUGUUACAGAGUGUCAGUGGUUUUUCUUGAAGUCCACCAAACCUUAUUUCAGUUCAGAAAGAAAUAGAAAAUACAAAUUCAUCUGACUCUCAAUCGGAAAUUCAAAUGUGAAUAAAGUAUAAAGUGAAAGAACAUCGCUGCUUUUUACAUUGAGGUGAGGACAACUUCAUGUCUUUAAAUAAAAUCAAGAAAAACA